AGAGUCGGUGAGUCAACCAAGCAAAUCGCUUCUCUAUAUAAGAGGUACAAAGCAAGCCAGUUUCACCAACGUGAUCUCUCUUCCAUACAUCCAUACUUGUAUUAACAUAUCGACUCGGUUGGCCAAGAUGGAGCCACAAAAACUCGCAGAGACAAGAAGAGUUGAUGAAGAAAAAUGGGUUUAUGAUUCUUCUGUGGAUCAUAAAGGAAGGGUUCCUCUCCGAGCUCAGACCGGCAUUUGGAAAGCUUCUCUCUUUAUCAUUUCAAUUGAAUUCAGUGAGAGGUUGAGUUAUUUUGGACUAGCAACCAGCUUAAUCAUUUACCUGACUAAAGUGAUUCAUCAAGACCUCAAGACUGCUGCCAAGACUGUAAAUUAUUGGUCUGGAGUGACUACUUUGAUGCCUCUAUUUGGAGGAUUUGUUGCUGAUGCUUGCUUGGGCCGAUUCUCCACAGUUUUAGUUUCUUCUAUAAUCUAUCUUCUGGGUUUGAUUCUUUUAACAAUGUCCCAGUUUGUUCCAAGCUUAAAGGCUUGUGAAGAUUCUAUGUGCCAUGAAGCCAGGAAGGCUCAUGAAAUGGUAUUCUUCCUUGCCAUUUAUUUAAUCUCCAUAGGAACUGGAGGACAUAAACCCUCCUUGGAGAGCUUUGGAGCCGAUCAAUUUGAUGAUGAUCACUGUGAAGAAAGAAAGAAAAAGAUGUCAUUUUUCAACUGGUGGAAUUUCGGCCUUUGCUCUGGACUUCUCCUUGGUGUGACUCUGAUUGUUUACGCGCAAGACCAUAUGAGCUGGGGUGCUGCAGAUGUUAUUCUCACGGUGAUUAUGGCUCUAUCACUAGCUAUCUUCAUCAUCGGAAGGCCAUUUUAUCGGUAUCGGGCACCAUCCGGCAGCCCAUUCACGCCAAUGUUGCAGGUUCUUGUAGCUGCCAUAAGAAAAAGAAACCUGCCAUCUCCUUCCAAUCCUGCUGAAUUAUAUCAAGUCUCCAUGAUGGACCAUGGGAGGCCUCUCUGCCAUACCAAGAAGCUCAAGUUUCUUGACAAAGCGGCUAUUCUGGAGGGCACAGAAAAUUCUACUGAGAAGCAAAGUCCAUGGAGACUUGCAACUGUGACCAAAGUUGAGGAGAUGAAACUUAUCCUCAACGUGAUCCCAAUUUGGCUCGCCACCUUGCCAUUUGGGAUUUGUGUAGCACAGGCUCCCACAUUCUUCAUCAAACAAGGCACCACGUUGAACCGAAAGAUUGGCGCUGGUUUCGAAAUUCCUCCAGCAUCUAUUUAUUCACUUGCUGCCAUUGGAAUGAUAAUAUCAGUCACUAUUUAUGAGAAGAUUCUAGUCCCCACACUAAGAAAGAUAACAGGAAAUGAGAGAGGAAUCAAAAUCCUCCAGAGAAUUGGCAUUGGAAUGGUUCUCUCAAUCGCCACAAUGAUAGUUGCAGCCAUGAUUGAGAGAAAAAGGCUAAGUGUUGCAGAUAAGGAUCCAGUGAAUGGUUCACUUUCAAUGAGCGUGUUAUGGUUGGCUCCACAAUUUCUUAUUGUGGGAAUUGGAGAUGGAUUCACGAUAGUGGGAUUGCAAGAGUACUUCUAUGACCAAGUUCCUGAUUCAAUGAGGAGUUUAGGCAUCGCCUUCUACCUUAGUGUGCUUGGAGCUGCAAACUUCCUUAGUAGUCUGCUGAUAACAGUUGUGGAUAAUGUCACAGAGAAAUAUGGGAAGACUUGGUUUGGCAAGGACUUGAAUAGUAGCCGCUUAGAUAACUUCUAUUGGCUUUUAGCAUUCAUGGCUGCAGCUAACUUUUUCGUUUAUGUGUUCUUGGCUCGCCGAUAUUCAUACAAACCUGUGCAGAGGAAUGUGGUUGUGGCUGCUUGCCCUAACCAUAAUGGUAAGAAUAAUAAUAAUGAUCAGGGCGAUUCAAUGGCUUGAAACGCAACCUCGAGUUGCAUGAAUCUGUUAACUUAUAGCUACAAAUAUUAUGUAAAGAAUCUCAUAAUUAAUUACAACAUAUGAUCUGAUGUACUUUUUGUUUGAAACAAUAAAUUAAUUAGUUGGUAUUUGAGUGAUACAGUGAUUUAUG